AUGAUUUUGGGCUGUGCCGAAGGCCGCAGCAAUACCACGGUGGGCGCCGACCUGGGAGUGUCCGAUGAGACGGUGGGGAAGUGGCGUUCCCGGUUCCUGGAACGGAGGCUGGACGGACUGUCGGACGAACCGCGCAGCGGACGGCCUCGAGCGGUUACCGAUGACCACGUGGAGCGUGUGAUUACGCUGACGCUGGAGACCACCCCCAAGGACGCGACCCACUGGAGCACCCGGUCCAUGGCCCAGCGCAGCGGGCUGAGCCACAACACGGUCAGCCGCAUCUGGCGGGCCUUCGGAUUGCAGCCCCACCGCACGGAGACCUUCAAGCUGUCGGCAGACCCCUUCUUCAUCGAGAAGGUCAGGGACGUUGUGGGGCUAUACCUGAAUCCACCGGAUCGGGCGUUGGUCCUGUGCGUGGACGAGAAUUCCCAGAUCCAGGCGUUGGAUCGCACCCGUCCGCUAUUGCCCAUGCGCCCGGGACAGGUGGAACGGCGCACCCAUGAUUACGUGGAUUACCUGCGUCACGGCACCACUUCGCUGUUCGCCGCCUUGGACACCAGGACCGGCAAGGUGAUUGGUCGUUGCCACCAACGGCACCGGGCCGUGGAGUUCCGCAAAUUCCUCGAUACCAUCGAGGCCGAGGUGCCCGCCGACCUCGACGUCCACCUGAUCGCGGACAACUACGCCACCCACAAGACGGCGCUGAUCCGCAACUGGCUGGCCAAGCGGCCCCGCUUCCAUAUGCACUUCACACCCACCAGCGCCUCCUGGCUGAACCUGGUGGAGCGCUGGUUCGGUCUGCUCACCGAAAAGCAGUUGCGCCGUGGGGUGCAUCAGAGCAGCGCCGAACUGGAGGCUGCCAUCUACCGCUAUCUGGACGUCACCAACGAAGAUCCCCAACCUUUUGUCUGGACCCAGACCGCCAACCAAAUACUGGCCAACGUUGCCCGCUUUUGCCAACGUACUUUGGAUACAGGACACUAGGUGUAGCCUAGCUUUCCGAGCUCUACUCCGCUAUGUGGUCCACUUUCCUCUCGUACUAAUCUCAACGAAUGCCAUAUCUAUAGGGAACCAUUGCAGUGCAGAGCCGAGGCGCCGAUAUGA